AUGGCAACUACAAGAUGUAUAAGCGAGUACAAAUCAGGCGGAACUACGAGUCGUGUUUGGAGAUUUUUAUGGCUUAUCCCAGGACUAUUAUUGUUGCUAUGUUUAUGUCAAUUUAAGACAUUUAUACGACGUGGAAAUGAGCAGCAUUUACCUGAAGAGAAUGGACAUUUCAGCCGACAACUUUUACAAGAUAAAGCAGACAGUAUAAGGGUACGUUUAUAAAUAUAUUGCUGAGAAUUGUGAAACCCUUGGCUUUCUCACAUUAUCUGAUAAUCGAUGAUUAUUAACAGUACUACUGUUCUGGGGGAUGUUACCGGAUAUAUUUUAUUGUAAUGUAGAACUUCAGCGCGGUCAUUUAUAUCGACACUGUAUAAAUCUCGUUUAUAAGAUGCAAAUUUUUCAUUGACAUUGUUUUGAAUUUGCCGUAAGCUUUGUAUUCCUAUAUAAAUGCCUGGUAAUAUUAUGAGGUAUAAACUUAUAUUAGUUAUAUAUACGAUCUUUGCUUUGACAUAUAUUGCACAUUUAUAGCCUGCUUAGGAAUGUCGUGUUUAUGUACUGUUUAAAUUAAUGCUUAAUACAGUAGCUUAUUAUUACAUGACAUUAAUCCCUAUGAGUUUAGAGUUACGAUAUCGGCCAGUGUAGUGCUUCGGUGCUUCCAAAGUGGCCCUUACUGAGCUUACAUGCAAUUAGAUUCAACUUAACGUAAGAACGUCAUUGAAACAUGAAGCGCUCUCUCGACAAAGAAUAUAAUUGCAUAUUACCCGCAAUGGAAUGAGGAAAAACCACUGAAAAUCCUUUAUUAAUCAAGGCUGCAUUGAACUUGAAUGAGGAAAAACGAGGUACCCUUGAUGCCCAGGUUAAUCCAUUGAGGCCCUGGGUAAUCCAUAGAGGCCCUGGUUCAUCCAUGAGUAUCCAUUGAUGCCCUGUGUAUCCAUUGAUGCCCUGGUUAAUCCAUGUUAUUUUACCUAAUGCCAGAUGAUUUUUCUCUGUGUAUACAGUCUAAUAUAUACUGUCUGAUGAUUUUACUCUAUAUAAUGCCCAAUGAUUUUGGUUUAUCAAGGGGAAACGAAUGAAAUGGAAUUCCUGUUCUUGAAAUAUAUAUGAUUCAAACACAAUAAUCCUUUUCUCUGUAGUGUGUUAAUCUUCACAAAGUGAAUUCAUCUCACCGGCGCUGUGAGUUUGUCAAAACGACUGAAGACUGUCAGUCUAAAGAUGGAUUUAUUCAAUACAUUCAAUUUCCAUACUGCACUUUAUCAAGUACACAACCUUUGGCGUUUGUCUUGAUGGUUAGUAGACACUAUACAAACACCCAAAACUAGUAAUACAACCUAAAACAUUCCUAAAACAUUCCCUAAAACACUCCUCGUGAUAAGUGUGAUUUUCUGCUGCCUGAGGAACAAAAGAAGCAGAAAAAGUUUUCUCAGACUGCUGGGGACUCCAGGGGCAGGUUAGAGGGCACAUUUUGUUGAUGCUAAUUCAGCCAUUGUUUGACCCCUUUUCCCUUCCUGCCCAACCAAAUAGUUGGUUCUAUAAUUUUUGAAAGUGACUGUGAAAAAAUUGCCUGUUUAAUUCAUUUUUUGCCAUUCUAGAGGUUUAGAUCCUGUUGACAAAACGAGUUUUUUUCAUUUUUAGAUUUUCUGGUUGAUAUUUCUCUUUAUUCUUGUUGGUAUAACUGCUGAUGAUUAGUAAGAACAACUGAUUCAUACCUCUCUCAUCCACUCUUCUUUGUUUGCAAUGACGUAAUUUUGAGAUUUCAGUUGACGGGCACGUAUAACAAAAACCGUCUGUUUCAAUGUAUUGAUCGAGUUUAGAGACAGUUUAAGACUCAAAAGAUGAAUUACCGUUCAGUUGUUCUUGCUACAAUCAUUCUGAUAGGAGAAAAUCGUCCACAAGUUGUUUGAUUGCCCGUCAUUUGGAUGAAAAGUCACAUGAUUGCAAACAAAGAAUUAGAGUGAAAUAUAACGUAGGGGGCAUUUGCAUCUUUACUAAGUUGCUAGGACUGGUCAUGUAUUUGGUUGUCCAACUGCCAUUUCAUGCAUACACGAAGUGUUGUUUCUCAAUACAAACAAUCACUCCAGUAGAUUCAUAAUAAACUUUACUUUCUUUGUUGUUGUAGUUUUUGUCCAGCACUGACAGUGAUUUCAGAUGCUUUGAAUCUCAGUCCGAAUGUUGCUGUAUCCUUUUACAUGAUUUCAAAUUACAGCUUGUUGCUGAACUUAUAUAUAGUUAGGAAAAGAGCAACUUUUCUGUACAUUUUCUUUCAAAUCUAGUUCUGUUUGUUUUAUCCUUAUACCAAAACUUCAGGGUGUUACAUUUCUUGCUUAUGGUAAUGGCGCUCCAGAUAUUUUCAGUGCAGUGGCAGGUUUUGUAGACAGUCACAGCACUGGAAAUUUGGCACUUAGUGCUCUUAUUGGUGAGUAUUGAUGGUGAUGAUGAUGGGGAUGAUUAUGACAGUGGUGAUGAUGAUGAUUAUGAUGAUUAUGAUGAUUAUGAUAGUGGUGAUGAUUAUGAUGAUAGUGGUGAUGGUGAUGGUGAUGAUGAUGGUGGUGGUGGUGGUGAUUAUGAUAGUGGUGAUGAUUAUGAUGAUAGUGGUGAUGAUUAUGAUAAUGGUGGUUACGAUUAUGAUGAUGGUGAUGAUGGUGGUGAUGAUGGUGAUGGUGGGGAUAGUGGUGAUGCUAAAGAUGGUGAUCAUGAUGUUGAUAAUAUCGUAAACGUGAUGAUGGUGGUGUAGUAACGAAGAUGAUGGUAGUGAUGAUUAUACAGAUGAUAACUUGUUAAUGUCUCAAUUUCCAAGGUGCUGGUAUGUUUGUAACGACAGUGGUGGUAGGAGCGGUGUCUCUAUCUGUCUCGUAUGAUCUGAACCAAAGACCAUAUCUCAGAGAUGUUGUCUUCUAUCUUGGAGCUUUGGCAUGGACAGUGAUUAUUGUUUACAGGAAGAAAAUUGAUUUACUUCAAGCUAUAGGUAUAUAUGUUGUUGUCGUCGUCGUCGUCGUCGUCGUCGUCGUCGUCGUUGUUGAAAUUAUAAUCAGACAACUACGUAUGACAGGAAUUGGAAUCCUAGAGGUGGACGAAACAUGCCGUGUCCACACAUAAGGACGACAUUCUUGUUUCUAUUUUUUAGGUUUCAUAAUUCUCUACAUACUUUAUGUCCUUGUUGUCAUCAUCGGUCGCGUUGUUUACCAGAGAUACAAGCGAAGAUUACGACAACGCACAAAUAUUCAGGGUAAGAAAAACUUCGUACAUCUCGUGAUUUAUGUGAUACAAUUUUUUAAUUUUUAUUUAAUUUGUUUAUAACCGUGGUUUGUGUAUGAAGUACCUGAUUGAGUUCAAAAGACCUUGAUAUAAUUAAGUCAUCGGUAACAAUGUAGAGGCUCUAUAGCUAAGGCAGUUAAAGGAACAAGCUUUCGUUGAUAGGGAUGCAACUAUCUGAACAUAUAUAAGGAGAAUUUCGACGUUUCGCGCGAAGACCCUUCGUAACUCCAGUACUCAUUUGCUCAGUAACUCCAGACGAGGGGCCUUCGCUCGAAACGUCGAGAUUCUGCUUAUAUAUUUUCAGGUAGUUGGUAGGGACCAACGAAAGCUUGUUCAUUUGAUUGGCACUAUCUACACUGGCAAAGACAGUUCCGAGGCUAUUAAAGUACUUUCUGGAAAUGUGCAUUGAUUAGUGAAACAAGCCAGCUCUAGAAUACUAACAGCAAUUCACCUACACUAGGGCCAUCACGUUUGACAUUUACUGUCAUUUGUUUUUAGCUGACUUCGACACCAGUUAUAAUCAAGACGUGAUUUGCAAUGGUCCACAGACUAUAAACCAAGAAGAUCUCGAAAAAUCUAUUCCCAUUAUAACCGAUACGAAUUCCAACGGACACCGUAACACGGCAAGAAAUGCAGGUACAGAUUUAUCAGCUUGAUUUAUAAGGCCUUGCAUGGUCGGUAAAGUAAGGAUAACCCCCCAUGAUCCCCAUGAAGAAAGAAAUCGUCUGGCGUUGGACAGAGCAAAAUAAUAAAAUGGGGCGCAUCAGGGCUCAAUGCGGCUUUAGGCUUGGGUCACACUAGCGAUUUUGUCGACGAUUUUGUGUUUCUGACGAAUGCGAAUAAGUGAACUCGCUCUUCAGAAGUAAACAAAUCUUUUGAAUGUCAUUCGAUCAACUAAAGACUAUGUGUUCUUGAAAAUCCGCGUAAGUGGAGUUGCAGUUGGUAAUUUCUAUUUUCUAACAUUCAUCGAGGGUUUUCUCAGGUAUUCCAGGUUUACCUUAGUGGUGAGGGGAAACAAGCUAAAUUUACCUGUCACCCGAUCCCCCCGUUUUGUUGAGAAUGAUUUUUUGUUCCAGAGGAGACAACGCCAUUAAUAAUCAACCCAAUCACAGCACAAAGAAGCAGCAGGGAUCAAAAUUUUGUUCAAGAAUUAUUGUCAUUUUCCAACGCUGACUUUGUGGAUUCUGGUCUACCGAGAAAAUUUUAUACUGUAAUAAAAGUGAGUUGUGUUCCCUACCUUGAAUUACCUAAACUGUUCUAGAGGUCCAGUAAGGGUCAUGUCUUAUUGAUCCAGCGUUACUGCAGGAGGAAAUCGAAACUAAACUAACUUUAUUUAUACUGGAUAGUUCUAUCAGUUCUAAACUGUUCUCCCUAGGGGUCCAGUAAGGGUCAACUCUUAUUGAUCCAGUGUUACUACACGAGGAAACCUAAACUAAACUAACUUUAUUUAUACUGUCAGCUCUAAACUGUUCUCCUUAGAGGUCCAGUAAUGAUCAUCUCUUAUUGGUCCAGUGUUACUACAGGAGGAAAUCUAAAUUAAACUAACUUUAUUUAUACUGGUUAGUUCUGUCAGCUCUAAACUGUUCUCUGUAAAGGUCCAGUGAGGAUCAUCUCUUAUUGGUCCAGUGUUACUACAGGGAGAAAAUCUGUGAUGUUUAAUUGGCACAGUCAAACUGAAAGCGUUCUUCUCGCAUGCGACUGAGGCGAAAUUCUAAUCAGACAAUUGUAUAUUGCACGAAUUUAAACCAACCACUGUUCACCAACACAAUUACAAGAGUUGUUUGCCAAUCCAAGCCACUCCUUAAAGUUUACUUCUGGUUUGUUUCAGAUUCCAAUUCACUUGUGUUUAAAUUUAACAAUCCCUGUCGUCGGACUGGAUGAGGAAAAGCACAAUUGGAGUAAACGUUUACAGAUUUUACAAUGUUUGUUUGCUCCUAUAUUCUGCGUGUUUGCAACCAAAGGUAACUUUUUUAAACCUAGACUAAAGACUUACACGAGCAACAAAAUUGCUGUAACUUGCAACAAAAUCUUAUUUCAACGCAUGUUAAUUGAAAAUGUUUACACAUAAAUUACAAAUCACGAGGCAACAUGUGUCGACAUUUCUACUUAACAUGCGUUGAAAUCAGAUUUUGUUGCAAGUUGCAGCAAUUGUGUUGCUCGUGUAACUCGAGCUUAAGUACUAGUUAAAAUAUGAGCAGCCCAUCUUUAUCACAUAUAAAACACGAGGAGACAGCCGAGAAUCUUAUAACUGUUUUAAAUGGCUUAAAAAACGACCCAUGCAUCUUACGAGUUCAUUGGCGCAGUAAAUUUGAAAAUCAACGUUGGCUAAGCCGAGAAAAUCAAGGUCUCGUGUGAAUGAGCGUUUAGAACAAAGUUACACGCUGUUUAUAGUCGGACAGCUGCAUGUGAAAUGUAGUAAGAUUAUAACCAGACUACUUUAAGAAUUGUUCAAAACCUCUAAGACCUAAUUGAAUUUACAUUUUAUCAAUUUUAGCUGGGUUAAUUAUGUUGGCAGGAAAGUUUCCUCUGGCUGCUCUCAUGGCUAUUGUUGGCGUGAUACUGGCCGUUGCCGUAGCAAUGACGUCAUCACGAGAUGAACCACCUAGAUAUCAUAAGGUACUUUCCAUAGAAAGUAUGUGUUACUUUGUCAGAGAGUAUUCUGUAAUUAUUAUUUUUUCUUAUGAAGUUGUUUUCGUUCAUGGGCUUCAUUACAUCUGUAAUUUGGAUUUAUUCAACUGCGAAUGAAAUCGUUAACUUGUUGAGGGUGAGUCUGUUUUCUGUCAGCAACAACAAUAACAUAGGCAACAAGAACAGCAACAACAGCAACAACAACAACAGCAGCAACAAGAACAGCAACAACAACAACAGCAACAACAGCAGUAACAACAACAACAACAACAGCAACAAUAACAGUAACAACAGCAGCAGCAACAACAACAGCAGCAACAACAACAACAACAACAACAGCAGCAGCAGCGACAACAACAACAGCAACAACAACAGCAGCAACAACAGCAGCAGCAACAACAGCAACAACAGCAUCAGCGACAACAACAACAACAACAACAACAACAACAGCAACAGCAACAGCAACAGCAACAACAACAACAGCAGCAGCGACAACAACAACAGCAACAGCAACAACAACAGCAGCAACAACGACAGCAAAGGCAAACUACAGUCAACUAUAACAGCAAUUAGGCGCAUUUUUAUUUAGGUGUUUGGUGUUGUCUUUAAAUUGAGUAACGAGAUUUUGGGCGUCACUCUUCUGGCUUGGGGAAAUAGUAUAGCAGAUUUUAUAGCCAACCUCGCCGUAGCCAAACAAGGUUAUCCUCAGAUGGCAAUUGCAGCUUGCUUUGGUGGACCUCUACUUAGUAUCCUUUCAUAAAUUCGUCAGGUUUCACCAAGCACUGUCGUACGACAGAUGGUGGUCAACCUGCAAUUUAUAGAAUGCUAGUAAUUCUUUACAUCGUACGUAGUACACACGUAAAAACGCGCAAGUUGUGACAAACCUGCAGCAGACUUGUAGCAAUGCUGUUCCAACAACAUAUCAACAGGAUGUGUUCGCACUGCUUGUUCCCAGCUUGUUAACAAGUUGUCAACGGCAUGUUGACAACUUACUACAAGGUUGCUGAACUCAACAGACUUGUUGCAAGUUGUUCCAACAACUUGUUAUCGUCCUGCAAUUCUACAAUUUGUUAACAAGUUGCGAGUGACAGCCUUAGCAACUUGAUAAAAUAACAGCAUUGCUACAACUUGUUGACAAGCUUGCUUCAAGCCCGUUGCGAACACAUAUCUUGUUGACAAGUUGUGAGAUUUUUACGUGUGUCGUCUUGUAUUUGUUGGCAAAUAAAGAUGAAAGAUGUUUCAUUUUCUGAACUUGACCAAUAUCUGCUGUACUGCAAGUGUAACGGUUAUUUGAAAGGCAUACUCGGGUGGAACUUCAACCGCCAUGCUUUGCCAACGUUUCGACCUUGACAAUUAAACUUACAGAUUUAUUAUUAGGCGUGGGUCUCUCAUGCACAAUCGCAACGACGUCCACAAAGGAUGGGACAUUAACGGUAGGUUUAGGUCUUUAUUAAGAAUGUUGGCGCAUUCAUCUCUCUGACCAGGCUUUUAUUUUUACUGCAUGUUGUCGACUUGUGACUUUUUACCCCACUCGCAUGUGAGAUGAGUACGUCCAGUUUGAACAAACACCGCAAAAUUUCUCAAAGUACUCCAGUUUCCUCCCGCAGUAAACUAGACCAAUAAAAGCUUGCUGUUUAGUGCACCUCUAGGGAAAACAGUUUGGAUCUGAUAGAGCUGUCCAGUAUGAGUUAGUGUAGUUUGGGUUUCUUCCUCUUGUUAAUACUGGAUCAAAAAGCAAUGACCCUUAUUGGACCUCUAAGAAGAACAGUUUGUAUCUGAUAGAGCUGUCCAUGAAGUAUCAAAUAAUGUUAGUUUAGUUUAGGUUUCCUCCCGUAGUAACACUGGAUCAAUAAGAGAUGGUCCUUACUGGACUUCUAGGGAGAACAAUUUAGAGCUGACAGAGCUGUCCAGUAUAAAUAAAGUUAGUUUAGUUUAGGUUUCCUCCUGUAGUAACACUGGAUCAAUAAGCCGUUAACCUUACUGGACCUCUAUAGGGAGAACAGUUUAGAACUGAUAUAUUAGGUGUAAUAUUUAACCUUAUUUUUUUUGUUAGUUAAACACAAGCAAUCAAGACUAUAUAUCGACGGCAUUCUUAGCCAUAAGUUUGGUAUCAUCAGCCAUAAUCGUCCCCCUUUUAGGAUUCCGAAUUCCCAAAAUGUACGGAGUCUAUCUUAUUCUAUUGUACAUAGCCUUCCUAGUUGUAACUAUCUUAAAUGAAAUUGGUAUUUUAUUCUCUUAG